GGCUGCAGCAGAGGCGGUGGUCUGGCAGGAGUUGGUGCUGCGGUCAACUUGAGGAUACUCCGCACCGAUGAUUCGACAGGACGACCAGGCCGGAUAGAUAGAAGGACCUUGACGGCCUUGACGGCGUGUCUGCUUGGUUGACUGCAGCAGCGCUAGGUGCUAAGGCAGCCUUUAUUGUCGUCUGCGUGUGUUUGUAAACUCGACUCGCGCACGAGAAAGUGCUACAUUGAAAGAAAAUUCCCUAAAAUAAUUGACGACACAUCACUCUCAUCCUAUUGCCCUUAUCAACUGUGCGUCUCUCAUUAAGGUGUAUUUGAUCGAACCAGAGGCUUUCAUUUCUUUUUAGCAUGCAAUGGAAGCCCUACUGAAGGAAACACUGAGUACUACAACUUUGAAGCGGACAGGCCAAGGUGGAGGAGGAUGCAUCAAUCAAGGGGAAGCUUUUAUCACUGACACAGGGACUUACUUUGUGAAAAGUAAUGGUAAAUCAAAGGCAAGUAUCAUGUUUGAAGGCGAAAUGGCAUCUCUUAUUGCAAUCGCUGCAACUAAUACAGUUCGAGUGCCAAAACCUAUCAAAGUUUUAAACAAUCCCAAAGGGGGAUCCUCAAUUGUUUUGGAAUAUCUUGAAAUGAAAGGACUUCGAAAAUAUUCAAGACGACUUGGCCAUGAACUAGCAAAACUCCAUCAGCACAAUAUAAACCUUGGUUUGAAAGCGAAAAAGCUAGAGAACAGCGUAACAAAACCACCUCCCACCAAGGAGACUGAAGAAGGAACAAGUGAAGAUGGAGGGGGACCACCUAAGUAUGUUACACAGUUUGGAUUCCACACCAAUACUUGCUGUGGGUUCAUCCCCCAAGAAAAUGCCUGGUCAGAUGACUGGCUGACCUUUUUUACUCAACAAAGACUUCAACACCAAUUCAGUUUAUUGGAAAAAGAGUAUGGAGAUCGAGACACUAUUGAUUUAUGGUCUCAGUUGCAAAACAAACUACCCCGUUUCUUCAGAGAUGUACAGAUUGAACCAUCACUUUUGCAUGGUGAUUUGUGGGGUGGAAAUGCUGCUGAAGUAUCGAGUGGUCCAGUUGUUUUUGACCCGGCCUCAUUUUAUGGUCAUCAUGAGUAUGAACUUGCAAUUGCUGGAAUGUUUGGUGGCUUCACAACUUCAUUCUAUGAAGCGUACCACUCUCAUUUUCCAAGAGCUCAUGGUUUCGAUAGCAGACAUAAGCUUUAUCAACUGUUUCACUACCUUAACCAUUGGAAUCAUUUUGGAUCUGGAUAUAAGAGCUCAAGUAUGUCUGUCAUGAGAAGUUUGCUAAAAGGAGAGUAUUGACAAUGGUUUCUAUCCUGUAUGGCUUGAAAUAAUUUAUGUGAUGAAAGAUAUUGUCAACUGCCCAAAAUUUACAGUUUGAGAAAAUGUUUCUUUCAAUUGGGUUGAUUAUUGCAACGUUUCAUACUUAUAGUUUUAUUGAAUACACAUACAUGAUGUAUUUUAUUUGCAGUUAUUUGUAGAAUUUUUUCAAAUUUCGUAGCUGGAAAGCUUUUGGUUUCUACGUCUCAGUAGCCCUGUACUCGCAUAGGCAUUUCUUCUCGACAAAAUGAAAAAGAGAAACUAGUUCACUAUGUGUAUAAUUAUAGGUUUUAGUGCACACUAUUUUCAUUAGAAAUCCUUCUUUCCUUUUGUUUUCAGGCCAUAGAAAAAUUAGACCACGAGCAUUUUUCAAAGUUGGCAAUAUUUGCUUGCACGCACAUGAAUAUUCAUUGCACUGUGAUAAUGAUAUUUGAAAUGGAGUGAGUUGUGAACUGUUUGUUAUUUGUUUAAUAAUUUGUUAACCAGCUCACUUAAGGAGCUACUGCCUUUGUGAUUGCCUUGUUCUGAAGGGACAACAUUCCUAGUGAGAUUAAAGCUGUGAUAGAUUGAUAAUUUAACAUUUUUAAGGUUUGGUGAAAGUGUCAAUAUUUUAUAUUGUGUGUCACUUACUGAUUGGUUGGCUGGGCUUUGUAUGUUUAGAUGUGCCCCAUAUGCCAUAGCACCACAUUGGAAACAGUUGUUUGGACUUGAAUAAGUUAUACAAUCUGGCGCUAGAGUUUCUUAUGCUGUUUAGGCUGGUGAGGUCGUAUUUUUUGUUGUAGAAUCCUUAAUUCUACACUGUGAAGAAAAGAGCAAUUUUUUCCUUGAAUCUCUACACAAGUAGCAUCUAAUUUCUUACAACAAUUUUUAAGAAGUUAUUUCGCAAAGAUACUGUUUGUAUUUUAUAAUGAGACUUAAUUACGAGCUGAAUCUCCUUAGGCGGGUGAAGGACGGCUCUAUUCCAGUGCCUAUGUAAAGUAAUCCCCACAGCCAAAUUUUUUGUGGACUAUUCGUGCUAUUAUUAAUACUCUAAUAAAAAAAGAAAGAAAGGCUAAGGACAAA